AUGGCCAGGUUCAUGAAAGAAUCCAUCAACAUCCCCAAUCUGCAGCCAGAUGUAGCAAUCUUCGCCCUGAAGCACGCGCUUCGGGAGGGGAAAUUCCGAGAUAAACUGUCAAUGAAAAACCCCUCCAAGAUAGCUGACGUACUUCAAAUGGCUGAUGCGUUCAUCAGAACGGAAGAAUUCAACAAGGCAGCAGCAAGGCUGAGGAACCCCUCGGAUACGAGGGAUACCAAAAUGAAUCAGAGUAAGCCCGAGGGCAACUCAAGAAAGGGGAAAGAGAAGGAUGAUGAAAAGUGGAAGCUGUCAGACAAGCUCAGAUCAAACCCCCUCCGUAGGAACAAGAACAAGUGGUGUGAGUUCCACGAUGACUUUGACCAUACCACCGAGGAAUGCAACUCGCUAAAGGACAACAUCGAGGACCUCAUCCGGCAAGGCUAUCUAAAGCAAUACUUGCUCGACCGAAGAACGGAGAGGGAAGAAAAAGAGAAAGCGAUGUCUGGAAAGCUACAAGAGCAAGCCCAGAGAAGAGUCCAUGAGACCGAAGGGCAAAAGAAAAAACCGAUUCUCGUGGUGUUCGGAGGCCAAAGAUCCGGCCACGCCAGCAAGCAACACUUGAGGGCUCUCUCCCACCGAGUAAACUUUAGCACUAUAGGGGAGAACCAGCCUACACCCCCGAACAUAGCUUUUACUGCUGACGACUGCCUCGGAACCCAGUACAAGCACGACGACCCGUUGGUAAUUGAAAUGGAUCUCAACAACCACAACGUUCACAGGGUAUUGGUCGAUGGAGGGAGCGCCGUCAACAUCAUCUUCAGAAACUGCUUCGAGCAGCUCAUCCUUGAAGAAGGAUAA